AAUCUACCUCCGUCAUCUUUAGUGUCUCCUCAAGUAGAUGUUUCAGAGCCAUUUCAAUGUGAUGAAGAUGGUUUAAGAUUUGAUGUGGUGUCCGACAAUGAAACUAUUGUCCGGAAUGAUCCAAAUGGCGAAUUCGUGAACUUAAGAGAUGAGGAUGAUAAUUUAGAUGAUGAGACAGAGUUUCAGGAUGAUUCAGAAUCAGAUGAUGAAAAUGAGAAUGAAGAGGCAUACUAUGAAACUGGCAAUGAAUAGAGUCAAAGUGUUCCAAUCUCUUCAAAUAUAAGAGUUAGAGUGACUGAAACGUAGUAUAUAAGUUGAUUUUAUAUUUUGUCUCUUUUACCAGGAUACUUAUUUGGUUUUAAUAGUUCUCCAGGUUGUUUUAUUUGAACAACUAUCCCUCACUCUCAUUCUAGAUCUAUGUUUGGAAUAGUGAUGGGAUAAUUUUAGUCCUGAAAGUGUUUAUAUUUUUAUCUACUAUCCAGAUUAACACAUCUUUUCUUAACUUUUCAGAGGCAUCUUGUUCUUGAAGUGAUAUAUCAACUAAUUACCUAUUCUUGUUAUAAUUACAUCAAAUCAUGAUUCUAUCAUUAUGUUCUUAUUUCAUCCACAGGUAACACUGAAAUUGCAGAUAUGGCACCCAGGGGAGGUGGACGAAGUAGAUAUUCUGGAAAAAGGACAGUAGAUCCAGUGACAUCUCCUCUAAUGUCAAGUGUCGCACCUGAUCAAGCACCAUCAUUGCCUGAACUGCCGACACCAGUUACGCCAGAUUCAGUUGCAGUCUACAUAUCAGUAUCAUCUACAUCUGUGGGGAUCGAAACACCUAGAAAUGACAUCGUAUCCACAACUUUGUCAAAUGCAACUGAUGGUACCCGCAUCCCAAUUGAAAUCAUCAUGGGACGUUUGGAGCCGAGUAACAAUGUAUCCCGGGCGAUCACAAAAAUCUUUUAAGGAAAAAUUGGAUCCCGAAGGACAUGAUUCGAAGUCAGUUACACCAGAGAUUAAGGACUUCUACUGGGAGGCGUUUAAGAAGCGAUUCCAUUGGAAUACUGCAAUUGAAGGUUCCAUAGAGGAUCAUUUUAUGAAAAAAAAGUUCAAUACAAUACAAGGGCAUGUUAUGUGAAGCAAGAUCCUCUGAGGUGAAACGAAAAAAUAUCCCAAAAUCUAUUUGGGAGAGCUGGAAGCCUCACUAUGAUACUGAGAAUUUUAAGGCUAAAUCUGCAAAAUGUUCAAAAAAUCGACUAAGUGAAAAAUGUGGUGAAGGAUCUGGUCCCUCACUCCAUACUGGAGGCUCCCAGACUCACUAAGAGCAUGCAAGACAAAUGGCAAUUGUACUUGGCCUGCCACCUCAUCUGCACGAACUUAUGAAAAAGACACAUACCAAAGGAAACGAUGAGUUUGUGGAUUUGAAGUCGAAGAACAAAUAUGAUGCUGUGAUGUCUAAGAUCACAUCUGCAUCUCAACUUGUAGAUGAAUCUGGUGAGUCUCGGACAAUAGAUUUUUCAAUGAUUUACAUGGAUGAAGUGGGUGGGGUUAAGAAGGCAUGUAUAUAUGUUCUUGGUUCUCAAGCAACUUUCUAUGAGAACAUUGGUUCAUUAUCUGCUUCAACUGCUCAGCCUCAAGAUUGUGAUUUUGAUGCUCGGGUGAAGGAAUACGUUAAAGAAAUGAAGGAGGAGAUGAAGGAGGACAUGUGAGAAGAGAUACAACAUGAAUUGCGUGAAGAAAUGAAACACUAAAUGCAACUAGAAAUGCAAGAGCAAGUUGAUAAGAUUCUCCAAGAACGUUUGCCCAUCCUCAUAGCUGGGCUGCCUAAACCACCCCCUGGUACACCUCCAACUGGUACACCACAUUAGCUUAGACAUGACCCAUCAUCAAAUAAUGAUACGAGUCAUUUAAAAUUUCAAAACUAUUGUAGGCAGAUCUUUCAUGGUUUGUUUUUAAAACUAUUGUAGCAGAUCUUUCAUUGUUUGUUUCUGUAUUUGGAUUUGUUUUGAACUCUUCAUCUUAGCUUUUGCAUUGUUUUAUUCAAGUUAUAAUUUAUCAAAGAACCACUGGAUUUUAUUAUGUUUUCGGACUUUUUAAGAUUCGUAAAAGCUAUUGAUUAAUAUAAAUAUAUAAAGUGAAACUUUACUAUCAAA